UCUGCUUUCGUUUAACCAUCCUGAGGAGCUAGGGAAGUGAAAGCUAACACGUGGAAAUAUUAAUUUGGGGUAUUUUGCUAUUAAUUCAGGGUAGUGUAGUACCUUUAUAAAGCGUGCCCUGACAGCGACGACCCUGUACGAUUAGCAGAGAAAAGCAUUUAUCGUUCAAGUGACUGGUGAGCUCGUUUAUCUGCCUCAUUAUGGCGGACAACGGAGACGAUGAUUAUCAGUACAGGAUUAAAGAGGGUGACUGCGUUGUGUUGAAACGAGGGGAAAUCUUCAAAGCCGUGCAAAUUCUGCCGAGGAAAAAGGUGAUUUUUGAGAAGCAGUGGGUCUUCCUGGAUAAUGCAGUGGGACAGCUGUAUGGCACCACAUUUGAAAUUUUGUCUGGAGGACAUCUAAAGCCACAGGAGCUCAAGCAAUCAGCUGCCGCCCCUGAUGCAAUGGAGACCGGCACAGAUAACAGAAACAUUGUUGAUGAUGGCAAAUCACAGAAACUCACCAGGGAUGACAUUGAAGCACUUAAAGAGAAAGGUCUGAAGGGUCAGGACAUCAUUCAGCAGCUUGUAGAUAACCACUCCACAUUCGGAGAUAAGACUGAAUAUUCCCAGUAUAAAUACAUCAAGAAGAAGAAGAAAAAGUAUGAAAAUACAGUGAUGAUUCUAAAACCGUCCUGUCGCAUCCUGGCUAUGAUGUACCACGGCCGGGAACCAGGGAAGAUCUGCCACCUGCGCUAUGACACACUUGCCCAGAUGUUGACUCUGGCGAACAUCCACGCUGGCAGUAAGGUGUUGGUGUUUGAGACUUGUGCUGGACUUGUUCUGGGAUCCAUCAUGGAAAGAAUGGGAGGCUAUGGCUCAGUGAUCCAAAUGUACCCAGGAGGUGGGCCAGUUCGUGCGGGAGUGGAGAGUUUUGGCUUUCCUGCACAUUUUCACAACAUGCUGCAUGAGUUUCCCAUCUGCCACGUCAAUGCUCUGCUGGCAGGCACUCUAGACACUACUGCCAAAGACCCCACUGCUGACAAUACAGAUGAAAAGCCGCUCGGCUUGGCUGCAGAGAAGGAGCAAAACCAACCUGAGGCAGAAGAGCAAGGCAGUCCAGAAGAGCAGAACAUGGAAACAAAGACCAGUGAUGAUGCUGGCCAGGAUGUGGAGAAAACAGAGAAGGAUAGACUCAAAGAAGCCAAGGCUCAGGAAAAAAAGAUGAAGCUAGAGGAGAAGCAGAAGAGGCUGGCAGCUGCUGCUGCCCUGCUGGAAGGCAAGAAUGCUGACGGGCUGGUUAUAGCCAGUCGGUUUCACCCGUGUCCUGUCCUGUUGGGCCUGCUCAAAUUCCUCUCUCCCUCCAGGCCUUUUGUAGUUUAUUCCCAGUACAAAGAGCCCCUCAUAGAGUGCUACAAAAAACUAAAGGAGCGUGGCGGUACAAUCAACCUCAGACUCACAGACACCUGGCUGAGACAUUACCAGGUGUUGCCUGACAGGACACAUCCUCUGCUACUAAUGAGCGGGGGCGGGGGCUACCUCCUCUCAGGGACGACCGUUGCCAUGGACCACUCGAAACCUGCGGGCUCUAAGCAAGCUGAAGAGCCACCACCAAAGAAGCAGAAACUGAAAGACACUGAGGGAUAAACAAAUGCAGAAGCAUCAAAUCAUUUAAGGGUGCAUUCCCAGUGGCCUGUAGGGAUUUUUCCUCCAGCACUAACUUCUGUUUCUGUUGAACUGAUCUGACACAUCAGUAGUAAGGAAGACUGUCUGGUUUGCAUUCAUCGGAACACUUUUCCCUGUCGUGUGUACUCACAUCAGUGGAGAUGAGAAGUAAACUGUUAGCCAGUUUAUAGUUUCUCUGUUGACAGUAACAGGUUUGGUGUUUUUUGUCAUGAGGUCAGGUGUAAAAGUUUUAUUUUUAAUGCUUUCCAGCUUCUAGGUUAUAACUUUUAUUUUAUUUUACUAUCCCUGCAGAAAGUGCCCUUUGUUUUAUUAUGUAGUUGCUGGUGCAGCUUCAUUGUGGACUACAUUUGUACCUUCACUUUAUUAAAAAGCAGUACUAAAACAACAAUAUGUGACCAAGUUGUAUUUCAAGAAAUAAACAAGAGACAUUGA